AUGGCGCGGCGCGGGCGGGGCGCGGGUGUGGCGCGCCGAGCUUGCGCAGGCGCAACUCGCGAGUGCGACUCGGUCGAGCGGGCGCGGCCACUCGCUCGCGCAAUGUGUUCCGCGGAGUGGAGCGAGAGCGAGUCGCCGAGCCCCGAGAGGGCCGAGCGCUCGCAGCGGUCAGUCGUCGGCGUGAUGUGCCACGCAGUUGUGCUGGGAGUGUUGUUCUCGCUGCCUUCCUAUUUGUACUCAGCCGUACCGUUCAGGAAGGCGCGGCGCAAGGAGCGCGAAGGUGAGCCAGCAGGCGACCCCAAGCUGUACCUGCAGGAGGCGCUGCUGGAGCGCAAGCUGCCCGAGCUCGACAUGCGCCAGCUCGUCGACCUGCCGCUAGGUCUCGACUACAACGAGUGGCUCGCCUCACACACGCUGGCGCUAUUCGACCACGUGAACUUGCUGUACGGCACGGUGUCGGAAUUCUGCACGGCCACCAGCUGCCCCGACAUGACAGGCCCGGGCGGCCGCACCUACGCCUGGUACGACGAGCGCGGCAAGAAGUCCCGCGUCGCUGCACCGCAGUACGUCGAUUACGUGAUGACUUUCACGCAGAAGACUGUCAACGACGAAACCGUCUUUCCUACUAAGUAUGCGAACGAGUUCCCCGCGCAGUUCGAGGGCGUGGUGCGGCGCGUGGUGCGCCUGUUGUUCCACGUCGUGGCGCACAUGUACGCCGCGCACUUCCGCCAGCUGGCGCUGCUGCGUCUGCACGCGCACCUGCACCUCACCUUCGCGCACCUCACCGCGCUCGACCGCCGCUUCGCACUGCUCGACCACAAGGAGACCGAGGUGCUGCGCGACCUGGAAGUGGCGCUGCGGCUGUCGGAGCCGGCGGCGGGCGAGGCGGCGGACGAGGCGUCGCCGCGCCGCCGCGAGCCCGUGGUCACGCAGCCGCUGGCCACGGCGUGA